GGAGCCGAGCGCGGAGUGGGCUGCCCGCCUGGGUCCCCUCGGCUGCCCGCUGUCCGCACAGCUACAUCUCCGAGGGCACUCCCCCAGGGAGGGCGGGGCGCCCACCCCGUGCCCCAGCCUUGUUCCCUUGCUGCACGCACGCCUGCUGGCCUGGGCAGGCUUGUCCCUGUGUCCUGUCCGCACGCAGGCACCACGACAGGGUGCCCGCCACUGCCCUGUGGAGCCCUGCGUGGACGGUGUCCCCGAGCCCCGUAGCGUGGCCGCCGCCUCUCCCCGCCUCCACCUUUGCGGCCUGCACUGACCUCUGCGGCGGCCGUGGCUCCCCCUCCACACGGGUGUGAUGACGUCUGUCUCAUUUCCUAAACUUUUGUGCCACUUGAUGUGACGCAAUGCCCGCCGGGUCCAUCCGUGUUGCUGUGCGUGACCAUCCGUAUGCCGGCUUCUACCCGCAGCUGCGCUACCAGGUUGGGAACACCUAUGGGCGCACCACGGCACAGCUGCUCACCGACCCCAGCGUGCGCAAGAGCCCCUGCUCCGUCCUGUCCCCCAUCUCCAAGCCCAAGUUCAUCGAGGACUUCAGCAAGUCCAAGCCCCCGCUGGUCCCCUGCCGAGACCUGAUCGAACCCUACAUCCCCCACUACACGGGUCUGCAGCCCUACAAGAACUUCGAGAUCCUGGGCCGGCUCCCGCCCCAGGAGGCAGGCGCCGAGGAGCCUCCGGCAGCGCAGAACGUGUCCAGACAUGUGCCGCUGCCCGCGGGCUCCAUGCCCUACUUCCCCUACCCGCCGUGCCCACCAGGGAGGAAGGUGGACUCCAGAGACUGGGGACACCCCGGCCUGCGGCUGGCCUACGGGGAAGAGGCCUGGAGGAACCCCGCGCCCCUCCACGAGGCCCCCGGCCAGUACCAGCUGUACCACUGCAGGAGGGACGAGGGCCUGCCGCGGGCCCGUCACCUGGAGACGCUCGACGUGGACAGGUUCCAGCGGCUGCCCCAGCUGGACCACCCCAACCUGAUCCAACGCAAGGCCAUCUCCGGCUACGCUGGCUUCGUGCCGCGCUUCGCCUGGGUGAUGGGGAUGAAUUACCGCGACGGGGUGACACAGGCCCUGGACGAGUUCGACAAGACGCAGUUUCUGUUCAGAAACCCGGGCUGUGCCCUGGGCCAAAGGCUGCCCAGCGCCCACUGGUCCAGCAGCACCAUCUACAACAGCCAAGGCAUGAUCCCUUUCUACAUGGGGUUCAUCCCCUCCAUGCAGGACAACUACGCCAUGACCUUUGGCAACAGCACCCGCAGGGCCUACCAGAAGGAAGUGCAGAGGCGGAGCCAGGCACUAUGAAACGCUUUAAUGGUGGUGUGCGGACAGGAAGGGGGCAGGUGCACGCAGACGGCCCUGCCAGGGGCGCUGAGCCAAUAAAGAGUUCACACCGCGA